AAGCCAGAUCCUAAUGUAGAUAGUAGUCAGCCUGAGGCCAUCGCUAAACCCGGGCUAGCCACAGAAAGUGGUCCACCGUCAACGGCCUCAUCAGCCGAAGAGACAAAUUCCACCAUUGCCAUGGACACUCCGGGGGAGGAGCAGGGCGGUAAAAAAGUUGUGACGGUUGUGAGAAGAAUUGUUAGACGUGUAGUUCCUGCUCAGCCAGAAGGGCCGACCCAGCCUGUUGUUCCAGAGCCUGCAAGGGCUGCCUUUGCCGCAGACUCGUUGCCCAAAACCACCACUAGGCCGGAUGAUAUCUCUAUGGGCCUCACCAGCCUAAUGGGCAGAAGUAGAACCAAGGAACACCGGCCUCGCACCCGCACCCAGGACCGCAAAGAGGACAUGAAAGAAGAGGCAAAACAGGAGGAAGAGGAGAAAGUAGCUGUGGAAGAAAAGGAAGAAAAACCUGCUGUGGAAAAAACAGAGGAGGCCACUGCAACCAACCCUACAGCACCAACACCUGCAUCCCCUAAAGUGAACCCCCUCACCCCUCCAGCUGGGUUCAUCCCCGCUCCCAAACCCAACCCUUUGGCCCCACCGGUUGGCUUCAUCCCGCUCCCCAAACAGAAUCUGUUGACUCCUCCGCCUGGUUUCAUCCCUGCCAGAAAACCCAGUCCAGUGCCCCCAAGACAGAAUCCCCUAGCAAGACCUCCAGGAUUCGUCCCUGUUCACAAGACAGAUCCUCUGGCUCCUCCUGCGGGGUUCAUCCCAAAGCCCCGACCAGUUGCCGUAAAGAAACCGGAGGUAAAGGAGACAUCUUCUCCGUCUGUGGCCCCCGAUGGUAAGCCGUCCCCUGUUGCAUGUCCCCAGGCUCAGUCUGCAACCAAUGAACAGGUCCCACAGCUGACUCCCUCUGAGGAGGAUCACAAGCGUGUGAGGAGGAUCUUCGCUGCCGAUGCCAAUGAUUCGAAGCUUGUUGAGGACCCUGUGGCCAUCCUUCAGGCAGCGCACUCGACUGCAGCUCAGGCGAAGACAGAGGAGCAGCUUACGGCAGAGACAGCCUGGUACAACAAAGAGAAAGUAUGGCUGGUCCACAAAGAUGGAUUUUCUAUUGCGACUCUCCUGAAGGCGAAGGCAGGCAGUCUGCCAGAGGGGAAGGUGAAAAUCCGCCUGGAGAGUGAUGGAUCUUUAUUGGAUGUGGAUGAAGACGACGUAGAAAAAGCUAACCCUCCGAUGUUUGACCGAGUGGAGGACCUGGCCUCUCUGCAGUAUUUGAACGAGUCGAGCGUGAUGCACUCGCUGAGGCAGCGGUACGGCGGUAACCUGGUGCACACCCACUCUGGGCCCAACAUGGUGGUCGUCAACCCCAUCUGCGCCCCCUCCAUGUACUCGGAGAAGGUGAUGCAGAUGUUCAAGGGCUGCAGAAGGGAGGACACGGCCCCUCACAUUUACAGCAUGGCCCAGGCUGCCUAUAGGAACCUCCUCACCACUCGCCAGGAUCAGUCCAUUGUCCUGCUGGGCAAGAGUGGUAGUGGAAAGACCACCAACUGUCAACACAUCAUCCAAUACCUGAUCAGUGUCGCCGGCAGCACCAACAAAACAUUCUCCUCAGAGAAAUGGCAGGCCGUCUACACAGUUUUGGAGGCAUUUGGGAACGCCUCCACCUGUAUGAAUGGGAAUGCUAGUCGCUUCUCCCAUAUUGUUUCCUUGGACUUUGACCAGGCAGGCCUGGUAACAUCAGCCUCUAUCCAGACCAUGCUCCUGGAGAAGAUGAGAGUGACCAGACGACCAGAAGGAGAGUCCACUUUUAACGUCUUUUAUUACCUGAUGGCUGGAGUGGACAGCUCUCUUAGAACUGAGCUGCACAUGAAUCACUUUGCUGAAAACAAUAUGUUCGGAAUCAUGCCUCAGACCAAGACUGAAGAUAAGCAGCGGGCCUCGCAGCAGUUCUCCAAGCUGCAGGCAGCCAUGAAGGUUCUGGGGAUCAGCGGAGACGAGCAGAGGGCCUUCUGGCUCGUCCUGGGGGCCAUCUACCACCUCGGGUCUGCAGGAGCUACUAAGGCUGGCAGGAAACAAUUUGCACGUCACGAGUGGGCCCAGAAGGCGGCCUACCUGCUGGGCUGCACCCUGGAGGAGCUCUCCUCCUCCAUCUUCAAGCACCAGGCCAAGGGCACGCUGCCCAGAGCCAGCUCCAUCCGCCAGGCCUGCGACGAAAAUGGCACUGCAGACUCAGGAUCAAAGGCUUCGGGCAUGGACUGUUUAGAGGCCAUGGCAUCAGGGCUUUAUUCUGAGCUCUUCACUAUUCUCAUUUCUUUAAUAAACAGGGCCUUGAAAUCCAGCCAGCACUCCCUGUGCUCUCUGCUCAUCGUGGACACGCCAGGCUUUCAGAACCCCCGGCUGGCUAAGCGUGAAUGCGGCGCAACCUUCGAGGACCUGUGCCACAACUACACUCAAGAACGCCUGCAUUCCCUCUUUUAUCAGCGCACUUUCGUUCAGGAGUUGGACAGAUACAAAGAGGAGAACAUCGAGCUGGCUUUAGAUGACACCGAGCCCAGCACCUCCCUGUCUAUAGCAGUGGUAGACCAAGCCUCAAGUCAAGCACUGGUGCGGACGGUAAGGACAGAUGAGGCGCGGGGCCUGCUGUGGCUGAUGGAGGAGGAGGCGCUGCAGCAUGGGGGGUCAGAGGAAACCCUGUUGGGACGUCUCUUUAGCUACUAUGGGCCUGCCGAGGGCGAGAGCAAAGGUCACACUUUCCUCUUGAAGAGUGAAAAGGAUCAUCAUUUCCUGCUCGGCCACAGUCACGGAACCGACUGGGUGGAGUACGACGCCUGCGGGUGGCUGAACUACGCCAAGCUGAAUCCUGCAUCUACCAAUGCUGCAAUCCUGCUCCAGGACUCCCAGAAGAAGAUCAUCAGCUCGUUGUUCAUGAGCCGAACUGCCGGAGCCACCGUUCUGUCCGGUUCGGUCGCUGGCCUUGAAGGCGUUUCCCAGCUUUCAUUGCGCCGGGCCACUAGCAUGAGGAAGAGCUUCACCACAGGGGUUGCUGCUAUCAAGAAGAAGUCCUUAUGUAUCCAGAUAAAGCUUCAAGUGGAUGCUCUCCUUGACAUGGUGCGCAGGUCCAGGAUUCACUUUGUUCACUGCAUAUUGCCCAAGGCAGAUGCCCUGAAGGCUCUGAGCGGAUCCCUGUUCAAAGCAGGCGAAUGUGAGGCGCAAGGGGAGGCUGGAGAUCCCGGCUUAAUGCAGCUCGAUGUAGCCUUGCUCCGUGCUCAGCUGCGUGGCUCCAAGCUGCUGGACGCUCUCCGGAUCUACAGGCAAGGUUACCCCGAUCACAUGGUGUUCUCGGAGUUUCGCCGACGCUUUGAUGUACUGGCACCGCACCUCACAAAGAAGCUCGGGAGGAAUUACAUCGUUAAGGACGAGAAGAGAGCGGUGGAGGAGCUACUGGAGUCCUUGGAUUUGGAGAAGAGCAGCUACCACAUGGGUCUCAGUAGGCUGUUCUUCAGAGCCGGCACCUUGGCUAAACUGGAGGAACAGAGAGACGAGCAGACCAAGCGUAAUCUGACACUGUUCCAAGCUUCCUGCAGGGGAUACCUGGCACGACAAGCAUUCAAGAAGAGGAAGAUUCAGGAUCUAGCUAUGCGCUGCAUCCAGAAAAACAUCAUGAAGAAUCGCGGCGUGAAGGACUGGCCAUGGUGGAAGCUCUUCACCACCGUGCAGCCCCUCAUUAGAGUCCAGCUCACAGAGGAGCAGAUGCGGAACAAAGAUGAGGAGAUACAGCAGCAGAAAUCGAAGUUUGAGAGGGUGGAGAAGGAGCGGAAUGAACUGAGACUGAACACGGAUCGAUUGGAGAGCAGGAUAUCAGAAUUGUCAUCAGAACUGGCUGAUGAGAGAAGCACUAGUGAGUCAGCUUCUCAGUUGCUGGAGACUGAGACUUCAGAGAGACUACGCCUGGAGAAGGAAAUGAAGGAUCUACAGGCCAAGUUUGAUGCCAUGAAGAAACAAUUAGAGUCGCAGGAGAUGGAGGUGAUGGAAGCUCGGCUGAUGAAAGCCUCAGAUCUCAACGGGGAGAUGGACGAUGACGAUGAUGCAGGAGGCGAGUGGCGGAUAAAAUACAACCGGGCCAUUCGUGAAAUGGACUUCACCAAAAAGAAACUCCAGCAGGAGUUUGAUGAGAAGCUGGACACAGAGCAGCAAGGCAAAAGACAUGUUGAGAGAAGGCUGGCUGAUUUGCAGACAGAUAAUGAGGAUGUACAGCGCUCUGUGCAGCAGCUGAAGAAGAAGUGCCAGAAAAUGACGGCGGAGCUGCAGGACACCAAGCUUCACCUGGAGGGCCUGCAGAGCCGCAACCACGAUCUGGAGAAGAAGCAGAGGAAAUUUGACCUGGAGCAGAACCAGGCUCAGGCGGAGGUACAAAGAGAGAGGAGCCAGAGGGAGAAGCUGGCCCGAGAGAAAGAUUUAAUGACUGGUGAGAUGUUUAACCUCCGCCAGCAGCUGCAGGAAAAGGACGAUGAAUUGUGCACGGUGAACAUAAAGGUGCAGCAGCUGGAGGCAGAGCUGCAGGAUCUGACCUCCCAGGAGUCCAAGGACGAGGCCUCGCUGGCCAAGGUCAAGAAGCAGCUCCGCGACCUUGAGGCCAAAGUUAAAGACCAGGAGGAGGAGCUGGACGAACAGGCGGGAAGCAUCCAGAUGCUGGAGCAGGCUAAGCUGCGGCUCGAGAUGGAGAUGGAGAGGCAGAGGCAGACCCACUCCAAAGAUAUCGAGAGUAAGGAUGAAGAGGUAGACGAGAUCAGGCAUUCUUGCAGUAAGAAGCUGAAACAGAUGGAGGUGCAGCUGGAGGAGGAGUAUGAAGACAAGCAGAAAGUGUUGCGUGAGAGGAGAGAGCUGGAGUCCAAACUGCUCAAUGCCCAGGACCAGGUGAGCCAGAGGGAUGUUGAGACGGAGAAGAAGCUAAGGAAAGACCUGAAGAGAACCAAAGUCCUUCUGGCUGAUGCACAGAUUAUGCUUGACCACCUGAAGAGCAACGCGCCCAGCAAGAGGGAGAUUGCUCAGCUUAAAAAUCAACUAGAGGAGUCAGAGUUCACUUCCGCAGCAGCAGUGAAGGCUCGAAAGAGCAUGGAGAUCGAAAUAGAGGACUUGCAUAUCCAAAUGGAGGAUGUGGUCAAAACUAAGAUGUCGCUGGAGGAGCAGGUUAGUCGCCUGCAGAGGGAGAAGAACGACCUGCAGUCUCGUAAUGAGGAGGAUCAGGAAGACAUGAAUGAGCUGAUGAAGAAACACAAAGCCGCAGUUGCCCAGUCUGCCAGGGACUUGGGCCAGAUCAGUGACCUGCAGGCCCAGCUGGAAGAAGCCACAAAGGAGAAGCAGGAGAUCCAAGAAAAGCUUCAUUCGCUGCAGAGCCAGCUAGAGUUCCAAGAACAAUCUAUGGUGGAGAAGUCUCUUGUGUGCCGUCAGGAGGCCAAGAUCCGUGAGCUGGAGACAAAGCUGGAGUACGAGAGGACGCAGAUCAAACGCUUGGAGAGCCUGGUGGGUCGUCUGAAGGAGAACCUCGAAAAGUUGACUGAGGAGAAAAACCAACGCAUCGCAGCGGAAAACAGGGAAAAGGAACAGAAUAAGCGAAUGCAGAGGCAGAUAAGGGACAUGAAAGAAGAAAUGGGAGAGCUGUCCAAGAAGGAGUCCGAGGCCAGUCGGAAGAAGCACGAACUGGAAAUGGACAUCGAGAGCUUAGAGGCGGCAAAUCAGAGCUUACAAGUGGACCUCAAGCUGGCCUUCAAGAGGAUAGGUGACCUGCAGGCUGCCAUAGAGGACGAGAUGGAGAGCGAUGACAAUGACGACUUAGUCAACAGUUUGCAAGACAUGGUGACAAAAUAUCAGAAAAGAAAGAACAAAACUGGGGAUGAAACUGAAACUGACUCCGAGGUGGAGGACCGUGUGGAUGGAGUUAAGACUUGGCUCUCGAAGAACAAAGGCUCCACCAAGACACUGUCAGAAGAGGGAAGUCUAAAGAGCACGAGUCCUCCUGUGUGCCGCAGACACCUGAGCCUCGGCAGAUCUGAUGAAGAGGAUGAGGCGGACAGCAAGCAGUCGCUGAGGCAGAGCGACGGAGGAGGCACAUUGGCAGACAGCACAUCGUAACCCAGACUCAGGUCACCUCAUGACGCAGACGCAGAAGGGAUUAUUUCCCCCCAAUUUAUUCACCACUUCUCAGCCAGAAAGAGAGGCUUCCAGCGGCAUGGACAGAUAAGAGGCGUCCAUGUUUAAUAUGUGCUUUCUCUGUUUUAUUUUAACAAAACAUAUUAAAGAAGUUAAGGAAGAUGGUAUCACAUGAUGCUGCUUGAUUUAUAAUAGCUGCUUUUCAGGCAAAUUUGAGCACUCCUCUGACUCUCCACAUCGCCCUGCCAAGAGGAUUUAGAUAAGCUACAUUUCUCCAAGAAGCUCUGACCGGCUAUUAAGACGAAGUUCUUAUCUCUUCCCUGUUAAUGUGGACUAGCGCGUUGGGAGGUAUUAACCCAUUUUCAUUAAUUAUCUCGCUGUAAGUUAACAUGUGGCUCUUGUUCCAAGUUCAGAUAUGCAUCAUUUAAACAAAGUGAUGCUAGGUCAUGAUUACUGACAUGAACGUGGAAAACACAUUUGUAUUUGAACUAAGCUGUUAGAUGUGAUAUAUAUGUUUGAAAUGCUGAGUUGAGGCAUGGAUUUAAAGAAAAGUGAUCUAGAAAUCAUUUUAUAGCGAUAUAUACAUUAUUAUAUGAGGAAUUGAAGCCUUUAUGUGAAUGUAAUAUUCAAGUGAAUUAAGAUAUUUUGUAUUUCCUUAGGAUAAGGAUAUAUCCCUGGUUUUCUCUUAUCUUCUUGUGGAGUUCAAUCUCUAAUACUUUUGUCGACUUGUGUAUUAUUAUAGGAUUAAAGGGAAUAUGUUUGUUUGCUAUUACAAAGUAGCUUUCUGUAGAGCAUUUUCUAAAGAUGCAUAAACACUGGAUUUCUGCUUUAUAUCAUAAUUUUAAUUAAAUCUUGUUUUAAUGUUGAAUCCUGCAGAAUAAUAUACCAGUAUCAUGUCAAAUGUUCAAAUAUUUAUGCAUAUUUAUGUUCCCAGGUUGUCUAGAAUCAAGGGAUCUUUUGGCCAUAUCAAUUUAUCAAACCGUAAAAUAAUGACAUCCUAUUCAGCACAAUAGAGUCCUCCAAAUUGAAGGUGCCAAAGACUGUGUUCAUUAAACCGGUGAUAUUUUGCCUGUAAGAAAACACUUGGGAUUGAUCCAUGACUACCAAUGAGCACAUGUCAUUGAGCAGCAGUUGUAUGAUGAUAUUGUGUUAUUCCCAGGUUGUGUUACGGGAGGGUUUACAUGUCAAACUAUCAAAUAAUUAUGCCAAGAAUACCCUUAAAUUAAAGCCAGUCUGCUUUAAGAACACCCUUAUAUGUUGCUGAUUGUACACUCGUGAAACUCGCUGGUUAUUUCUAUAUUUGGCCUUACAGAAUUGUAAUGAAAACCGCAGAUAAUUUUGUUUAAAUUACGUGUAGGUGGAUAUGAAUAAAACAGCAUGUGCAGUAUGUGCAUGUGGACUGUCUGCUCGAGUGCAAAGAAAAUGCUCAAGUGUCUGGCUUGAUAUUUGCAUAUCUUCUCAGAAAAAGGCUAAUCUGCAUUUCAUGUCUUAUUUUUUCCCUUUUUUCACCCAUGCAUAUUAAUGUUCAGGAACUUUGAUGUCAGUGGUUCAGAAUAGACUUUUAUUAGAUUUUUAUUUUUAAGUUGUAUUGCCUCUCGGUUGGAGUUUUUGGCAUUAGACAUAAUUUUUCAAAAGUUUAUAAAUGAUAUCUCUUGAAAAGGCUUGUCUGUUUUUAUCAUUGAACAGAUCAUUUGUGGAAUGAGUGCUUUUUGGAGAUUUUCCGUAAAUAAAUUCAGCUGUUUGUUUACAGAA